ACACGGGCUCGAAGCGCUUUAAUCCGGAGAAUUGAGCGUACAAAAUAAAACAUUUCAACCAGCAAACACGCAACUACAAAAAAAAAGAAGCAGUCGCUGUCUUUCUCAGCGCGAGGCAACCCACGGUGGUUGGUGCGGAAUGGGAGUUGGUGCGCCGGUGUGACGUCAGAGCCGCCGGUGCUGUUCUCAGAAUAGACUUCUAGGAAAACAGUAAUUUUUAAAAGCCGAGCCCUUACACUCUGUCCUCCACACAUUUUGGAGCCCAUUCUGGUGACAACGCACUCCAAACCGCCGCUCAGGAGAUUUUUACGUUUUAAAUGUAUUGUUUUCAUUUUUUAACCGAACGUUUUUUAUCCGGUGUUUUAUAAACGACAGGAACAAACCCGACUGGAUAUACGGCGCUCCUUUACUGUCCUACUCGUAUCUCAACCGAUGUGAAAACUCAUUUUCUCGACAAGUUUUUUAAAAAUUAUUUCUUUAGAGCUCAGUCUCUAUAUGUUUUCCUUAAUUUUUGAAGGAGAAAUACCGACCGGAUCUUAGUCCAGAGGAUUCAAGAAAUAGCAUGAUUCUUUGUGUGCCAGGUCCGAGAGCUCCUCUGCCCGCUGCUCUGUCCACUGAAACCCCACGGGGUAUGCGGGCAGGAACUGUACCUUCCACCUCAUGCCUUCAAAGCACCCCUCCACUAUGGGACCCCACAAAGGACCUCCGGGCAAUUGCAAGCAACUUCUGCUAUCUAGAAAAUUCAGGAUGGUACUGGGGAGCUGUAACUGCAGCUCAGGCCCACGCUGCACUUCAAGAGGCAUCUGAAGGAGCGUUCUUGGUGCGAGACAGCAGCCACCCUCUGUACAUGCUGACCCUGUCGGUCAGGACUGCACGCGGCCCCACGAGUAUACGGAUUCAGUACAGCGGCGCCCAGUUUUUGCUCGACUCCAGUUCCCCGGCCCGGCCCAGCCUGUCGUCCUUCCCCAACGUGCCCAGCCUGGUGCAGCACUACAUGGGACCAGAGAGGAAAGCAGAGGAAGGGAAGGUGGUGGAGGACGCUCCUUCAAAACCCUCUCAGCAGACAAUUCAGGAGACAUCUGUGGUAUUAAAACUGAAGCGAGCUGUGUUCAAGCCCCAGGGUCUCCCAUCUUUACAGCACCUCACACGCCUCGUCAUUAACAGACACUCUGACUAUCCCGACCAGCUACCACUCCCGAGGCCUCUGCUGCGUUACAUACAGGACUAUCCCUUCAAGGUAUAAGCGUCCCUCAAGUCUAUUAUUACGACUUAUAGGGAAAAAAAACUGUUAAACAGGUCCCGUCCUUCAAAGACUGCUGCGCAAGCAGUUGGAUGCCCGACACAAAAGUACUGGACAAGGACAUGUCUUUGCUGACGAAGUGCACACGUUCAGUGAAUACGUGCCUGAUUUCAGACUGAAUUUGUCGAGGACUGAGUGAAGAAGUACCAGAGAAGAAGACGACGACUUGUGAGCAAAUCUCAGUACUGUAAUCUUUAUGUCAUGAUGGAUGUGGAAAUUGUCCAUAUCUGUAUUACCAUAAUCAGUUCUGGAAGUGCAUACUGUUAAGUACACUGAUUCCAUUGAGACAUCUUUUACGCAGUUUUAUUUUUCUCAGUAAAACAUUUUUUCUACCUUUUACAUGUGUACAUUUUUCUAUUAAAAUAACCGAUUGGAGUCCAA